CUCAACUGAAAAAAAGAAAGAAAAGAAAUCGUAACCGGAAGUUAAAGCCGAGUGCAUACCUCUACACGUUUUUCCUUCUAUGCCUGUAGUCCGGCCGUGCUGGCUGCUGUGCGCAUGCUCGCUGCUCCCGCGCCGCCGAAAGUUGGUUCCCGGGACAAGUGGAAGGUCUCCGUAGACCCCGCGUCACACGAAAAGAUGGCCUUGGUUCCUUACGAUGACACGGCUGCUUGGGGGAUGCAGAAGUUGCACAAGUCUUCCUCUACAUACUGUUUUGCCAACCACACCAUCGAGAUCCAGCAGAACUGGAAGCAGCUGGGUGUUGCAGCUGUUGUUUGGGAUGCGGCUGUGGUUUUGUGUACUUUCUUGGAGAUGGGAGGCAUUGAUCUACAAGGACGCUUGGUGAUUGAGUUAGGAGCCGGAACAGGCUUGCUGGGAAUUGUAGCUGCAUUGCUUGGUGCUCAAGUGACAAUCACAGACAGGAAGGCAGCCUUGGCUCUACUGGAGUCAAACGUCCAAGCUAAUUUACCUGCUGACAUCCGGCCAAGGACAGCAGUAAAGGAACUGACUUGGGGCCGAGACUUGGGGAGCUUCUCUUCAGGAGGAUAUGACUUUAUCUUGGGAGCAGACAUUGUUUACCUGGAAGAAACGUUUGCCGAUCUUCUUGAAACGCUGGACCAUCUCUGCUCUGAACAGACGGUGAUCCUACUAUCAUGCCGCCUCCGUUAUGAGCGAGACCACAACUUCCUGAAGAUGUUGAAGGAGCGGUUUUCAGUAUACGAGGUGCACUAUGACCCUAGUAAUGAUGUGCAUAUAUUCAGAGCACAGAGGAAAGCCCAGAAAGCAGAUCUGUGAUUAGUUUGUGAGCUUUUGUAUGCUCAUUCCCGCCACUUGCAAUCAUACCUGGAUCAAACAACUGAAUUUAGGCCUUUCAUCCAGCCAUUCCUCCUGUUUUUUCCCAUCCCGAUCAUGGUAACUCAGGUAAUCCAAAUAAAUUAUAAAUGGACCAAUGAAUUAUUAGUGUGCAAGGGCCAAGCCUUCCACUGAGGAAACGUAGGACCUGCUGGCUUCAAGUAAAUGGAAAAAUCCAAUUAGAUUAAUAAUAGUGACAGUUUACCUCUGUUUCCCGCUGGUGUUAAGCUAUACUGCUCAGAACUAUAUCUCAGGGCACUUCCCCCAAUGGAACAGCAAAUCUGAAUUAUGCAGUGCAUUGGGGGCGGGGAUGUGAUAUCCACAAGGAAAUAUUUGGCUAUAUUAUGUAAAAACAAACCAGUUUUGCUGUUUGUGUACUUAGAGAGAAUGGAUCAGUUAGCAAUUUUCUAUCAGGCUAACUGGAACAAUGAUCAAUCAUUCUAUAGAGAAAUAAUAUACCAAAACAUAAGGGGAGUUAUUGAUUGGCAUUCCUAAUAGAAUGUUUAAAUUCUUCUAGAUAUUUCGCAUGAGACUAAUUAGUCUAACAUCAUUAUUAUUUAGAGUUGCCUAGUUCCUUAGAAAUUCAUUCUGUAAUAUGUUCACAAAUAUUCUUCAUUAGUUGUUUUUCAAUAAUCAAGUUUAUAAUUCAUCAGUGCACAUUCAGGCUGUCCAGUAAGUUUAUUUAUCAAGUCUAAAGAUGAUACAAAUCUGUGUUUAUUCUCUUAAGUGGAUCCCUAUUAUUUUAUCGAAAAGUAAAAUUGUAAUACAUUAGUUAAGUAAAUCACUAAUCUAUAUUUAAUAAAGUUUUC